AUGUCACUCAAACCAAACUAUCAGGUCCCAGAAAGUUUGUUUGAUAUGGAGUCCACCUUGACCACCACAUUCACACACAAUGAUCAAUAUUUAGCAGCCUGGAUCCCAGAUUCUGUCGACUCCAUGUCGGUAUUGGGUUGUUCGACUGCUAGCGGCUUUUUUCAAGACGAUAUCAUAUCGACACCCACGGUUUCUCUAAAUUCUGUUGGGCCUUCCUCUGACGAGGGUGUACCCAUGCCCAACUUGUUGCCAUCGUGGUCGACCGAUUUCAACUCAUCGAAGUCGUUGACCUCAACUUCAAAUCUCACAUGGGCCGAUGAAUCAGGCCUCAUCCUGCACGACAGCAAAUCCAAAUCGACUGGGGAUGCUACAGCGGCUCAACCUCAACGAGUUGUCAAGACUCGAGCCCGAGGCCGACCCAGAAAGGGCCUUAGCAAAGAUACAGGGGGACCAAAACGCAGCGACAGCCUCGAUGAAUGUCGAGCUAAGAAUCGGAAAGCUUCAGCUCGGUGCCGGGAGAAGGAGCGAGGUCAAGCUGCUGCACUGGAAAAGGCUGUCCAAGAGCAGGAGGAACGAAGUUCGACUCUAAAGCAGACGGCGACAGCUCUGCAAGAAGAAUUGUUCUGCUUGCAGAUGCAAGCUCUCCAACAUGUAAAUUGUGGCUGUAGAGAUGUCCACAGUUACAACGAGCAGAGAGCCCUAGUUGUCGCUACAGCUUGGGAUCUGGUAUGA